UAGCCUUCAACAUUCAAGUUUGUGUCUAAUAUCUAGUCUGUGUACGGCUUCUCGUUUAGAGUAGCUCAUAUAAGUUGUAAUUAUUUUGUAACUAGUUAUAUUUCUGAUACUUGAUAAUAAACCAAUAAAAUAUGAGAGGCAGAGGUGGACAACGAGGUAGAGGAUCCGCUCUAGGUGGACUGGGUAAUAGGGAAUGGGACGCGAAAAAAUCUGCAACACAAAAUGGCCCACUGAUGACGGAUCACUUGAGAGACAUUGAUAUAGAGUUGGAGAUACUGAACAGACGUAGACAGAUGCUACAGCAAGAACAUGAACUGCUUGAUCAAGAAAGGGAAUAUAAUUUGAAGAGACAUUAUGAUUAUGAGCAACCUAUGACUUCUUACAACCAGCCUAACUAUAACAGGCAAGGCAAUAAACGCCAGGCUGUUGAAAGAGGUCCUUCAAAGCGGUUCAACCCAUCUGCAAGAGUUGAACCCUGGGAGCACAAUGCCCAAUCAAAUAACCCUAGCUUUAUGGCUCAUAUACCUCCAUUACUUAGCUCUGUGACAAGAAACCUUCUGACUAGACCUGCUAGACCACCAUCACGUAAAGAGUUUAGGCCAACUAAGCUCACAGCCCCAGUACAAAGCAAUUUCAAUCCAACAAAAGUAACAAAACAGAAAUCGCGUACUGGUUAUCUAAAAAAGACUAUUAUAUCCCACCCUAAAGACAACCAAUCAAAAAUGAAUAUAACACCAAAACCUAGCUAUGUCCCUCCAAAAUCUAGCUAUGUCCCUCCAACAUCUAGCUAUGCGCCUCCAAAAUCUAGCUAUGUGCCUCCAAAAUCUAGUGAGGCUUCAUCUUCCGCUCCAAUAGUAGGUGACCCAAAUAUUUUGCGCCAUAACGUACCACCUUCGCCGCAGUUGAACGGCCGAUUGGAAUUAGCUUUAGGAACUAUUCUAAAGGAUAUUAAAAAAGUAGAUUCUUCUAAUUUAACCCAAACCACGGCUUUAUAUCAAAGCCAACGAACUAUUAAGCAGAUAAUUAGAGAAAGGAUUCACUCUGUCAUGCUAGAUAAGAAGGUUGGGCAUAUGCAAGAUAUUGUUGCUUGCUACCGAAAAAAAUAUCCAGUAGAGACAGACGCCGAGUUACUUAAACUUGGCCAAGAUUGUCAGGUUUACUUUAUCCACACCUUGGGUAUUACACCUACUAUUAACUCAGAUAAUGUUAAGGACUUUUUCAAGGCCUAUCUGACAAAAGUACUUCAUAAUAAAGUAGAAAAGCUAUUAAGUAAUCUUAAGGAUAUCAGCCCGAUUCAAGAUGGUGAUGAUACAAUACUUAAAGUAAUGGAUGAUGUAAUUGACCUACAAGAGAGUGAUAUAGUAGAAGAUUCACCACGAAAACCUGUGAUUAAGAAUGACGAGUUGUCAAAAGAUGAAGGAUCUGAAGAGGAGAAAGUCAGAAAGAAGAUUGAGAAGGCAAAGAUUUAUACAAAGUUGAUGGAGAACUUGAUUGAUGCUAGACUGCCUGCUAUACUUUCUAGACAUAAAGAAAGAUUCGUCACAAUGAUUGAAGCCGACAAAGAAUAUAAACUUGCCAAGGCUGAAAUUAUAGGGGCCACAGUGAAGGAAGCUGUUUCUCUGGUUGCCAAGAGAAUUCAUAGUACCAAGAUUGUGGAUGCCACAAUUAAUAAUACGACAAUCACUAAAGAGACUGAACAUACCGAAGAAAAUGAAACAGUUUCGGUAUUGGAACCUACUGUCUCGCAAAAUGUGUCACCUCCGCCACUGGUGUGUGUCAGCACACCAACUUCCAAAAUAACUGAACAUCCCUAUUAUGUGAAGUUAAUUGGCCGUCCUGAAUUACCGUCUCGCGCAUCAGUCUAUGCAUAUUUAGAACAAUUCAAACCUGCAAGUAUCAAAAAGCAUAAAACUAUUGGUAAUUUGCUAGUCAUUGGAUUUAAUGACAAGGAAUCUUAUGAAAAAAUUAUGGAGGCAGGCGAAAAGAUUAUCGGUGAAAAUACAAUCACUAUAAGGUCAAGUGACAAAGUAAACCUUACACCUCAAAAGGUUGAAAGUGUGAAUGCAACUCCACAGAAGAGUGAUGAUGCACUUAAUGACACAACUUCAAAAGAAAGUACUUCACUAAACAAUGCAGACGAAAAUUCACAUCAAGAUACAACUGACAAUGAAGAAGGAAACAAAAAUAAAGAUUCGAACGCAACAGAUCUUAACGACAGCUUGAAUAUUGGUCAAGAUCUUGAAGAUCAAAUAACCAACUUACUCACGGUCGUUAAGAACGAAGAUGUAAAUAACGAUAACGGUGAAAUUGAUAAACAUGCAAAUAUUGAUAAGAAUGAAAAUAACGCUAAAACUAAACCUAGUGAAAGUGACGGUAAUCUUGGCGAAGAAGCUUCUAAAACGAAUUCCGAAGUUACUCAAACAACAGAAACAAUAUCCCAGAACAAUGAAAACUUAAAUAGUAACGAUACAAAAGAUGACCACGCAAAUGGAAUCGAUCCAGAAAAUCAAACAAAUGACGCACAGGUGGAAGUUAAGGAUGUUAAAAGUAAUCUUAAAGAUUGCGGACGUGCAACACCUACAAGGUCCUCAUCUAGAUUAGCAUCGACUCCUAGUACAAUUAGAACUAGACGCGCCAGUAGAUUAGUGCAAAAUCAAUAAUACAUAAUAUUAUUAGUUUGAUGAAUUAAAAUUAAUUUCAAAAACACAGCUUCUCAUAAUUAUGUGACUAAUUAUGUUUUAAAUAAAUUUAAUUGUCGUAAUUUCUUGUUUAAUAUUUUUACCGGAAAUUUCCAUUUUUGGAAAGAAGGUGUUUGAAAAUGUAGCACAAUGUUGUUGAAUUGAAAAAAAAUAUACACGCAAAUGUUAUUGCAUAAAUAAAUUUUUAGUUUCAAUUUAAUGUAAAAUCAAUAAUUGUAAUGGAAAAUAAAUUUUAUUAAAUUUA